CAGCGGAUCAGACCUUUGACAGCUUAGACAAGGAAAAGCCUGGUGCCAGAAACAGAGAGAGAGAAACAGAAAAGAAAGACACAAUUUCCUUUUUGUUUCUCCGAUCAUCAUUCUGUAACUUUUAAUUUUAAAAAAGAAGAAGAAAAGAUGAGUGAAGGAGGAGAAAGGAAACAUUACGGAACAUUUCAAGGGGUACCUGGUUAUCCAGUUCCUUCAAUUGGUUUCCCACAACCUGUUCCUCCGUCUGGAUAUGCUCCUUCUGCUCCUUCCGAAUCCUAUGUCCCCACCGCUCCUCCUUAUUACACACAUGGCUACCAAGCUAUUCCAGUGUAUGCAGUUGUUGAAGGAAGACCUAUAAGGGAGCGCCGUCUUCCAUGUUGUGGUCUUGGCAUUGGCUGGUUCUUGUUCAUAACGGGAUUUUUCUUCGCUGCUAUUCCUUGGUACGCUGGAUCUAUCAUUCUAUUGUGUUCUCGCUUAGAUUACAGGGAGAAGCCAGGAUUUGUUGCAUGCCUAAUAGCUGCGAUUAUUUCUCUAAUUGUUGUUCCAGUCGGCGUUACGAAGGGGACUCAUAUAUGGUGAUGCCUUGAGAAUAUGUUUUUUGUACACCCAGAGGAAUGUAUGUAGUAUCACAGCACCUAAUGAAUAUAUCAGGCUUAUGUUUGACCUUGUGUAUCUCUUGUAAACAUUUGAGGAUCUUUAUAAUAUCUUCAAUUAUCAUCAUUUGCAUGUGUUCGGCAUGGCUGUGUUCAGUUCAGUGAUUUGCAAUUUGAACAGUUUCUCAAAAUGGAUACAAUAGGAAUCUAGUUCCUAGAAUUAAAAGUGAAUGUAACUGUGUAGUAUACUCCCGUGUAUUUGUGAAGGCCCAUCAACACCCAGGGUAUUUAUUA